CCCUCAAGUCCAACACGCGAUUUUGGAAAUUUCAUAUCGUCUUUCAAAAAUGGAGGGAAAACGACAACAAUACAAUACUAUCUGUUCAGUGCACUGCACUGUGGCCAGGCAGAAUAGUCCAUUUUUUGGUCAUUUAGAAAAGAAAACCCAAUCGUGCUUUGGAAAGGUCGUCGAGCUUGCAGGGCAAGGAACUCGGUAAGUCCACACAACGAUGAUGAUGAUGAUGGGAUUUUGAUUAGAAUAAUAAAGCAAUAAGUCAAGCAAAGUGGUCACAAAAGACAUAAUAAAGAAAUGGAUAUCAGCAGCUGCAGCUGCUGCUGCUGCUUCCCAUUUUGUUCCAUGUAGUGGACUGAAGCUAAUCCUCCUCCACUCGCUCAUGGACACGGUUCACAUCGGCGGAGUUAGGUCUUCAAAGUUCCACAAAGACAGAUACAAAGAAUGAGCUUGGGGAGCACGAUUUCCUGUCACCAUCUUAUCACAUGUGGGAACCCUAAGUUUGUCAAAAUUGUAUGACAUAGGACCACCCUUUAGAUUAGAGAAUUAAAAACACUAGACCAAACCAUACUUCUAAAUUUGCCCUCUUCAGCCUUCCAAUCUCCUCGAUCUCCUUCCUCUCUUCUUUCAUCUAUGAGGAGAAUAUGCAAUCGAUGAGGAGAAUAUCUAGUUGUUGCUCUGUUGACCCAUUUGUUUGCGUUGCUUUUGUCAAUUUAAACAAUAUCGAGUCUUGUUUGAGUUUUCUCCAACAAUCCAUUUCCAUUGUACUAGCCGGUCUCGACUUUGUAACGUUUAUGAGCAAGAUGAAACGAUCAUUAAGAAAGUAUGCUACGAAAUACUAAAUUUGGUGUAAUACUAAACUGUAUAUCAAUUACUAUCAUUAUUAUUUCGAUUUUACCAACCAAAUGACACCCGCUUAAGGAAACCCUGAUUGUGCCACUAUUACCGAAUCAAUUAACGUCUUAAUGUAUCGUGGGUCAUUUUCGUGAUUUCGUUCACUCCUUAGUCCUUACCCACCCGUCUUUUGAGAAUCAAAUGCAAUUUCUGUUACAAGAAUCACCAAUCCUGUCAUCUAAAAUUCCAGAUGGAGUUCCAUAGAUUAGGAAAUGAUUAGCCAUAAAAAGCUAUUAAUUAAACGAUUGAUCACAACCUCCAACCAAACACAAUCAGACACAAAUCCACUCGAUCACCACUUUGUAUCGGUUAUAGCAAAGAGAUACCCUUCUGGUCCAGACUCCACAGUUUUUUUAAAAAGGAAAGUUCCUCUGCUACUUGCCUUCUCCCCAAAAUCAGCCCACUCAGCUUUGUUUGCGACCCUGACGGCCAUUUUCUCGCCAAUUUGCUCAUUGGUUCUCGUCGCUAUUUCCGUCUCUACUAGGCAAAAUCCUUGCCCUCCACGCUUCCACCGAGGACGAGAAGAGUCACUCUUUUGACUGACUCUCUCUCCCACUUUUCUCUCUGUCGACUACAACAGACUCUGUUUGUCGUCUCUUUUCUAUAAAAACACACAAUGCCGCUCACCGUUCUCUUCCAAGCCCCUUAGAAAGAGAACUUUGAGCAACCCAUUUGCGAGGAAGAGCUCAGCCAUGGAAAAUUUCGAUUCACCAAAGCAAGGGUUUCUAGCCGCUCUUCUCUCUACCUAUUCGUCGUCUUUUUCUUCGUUCUCUUCAUGGUCAGGUGCCAAUGACUUGUUUCUCCUGAGACCCAUUUUCCUACAUGGGCUUUCGGGUUCAUUGCACCUGGUUUUGUUGCUCGCCUUGUUCUUCUGGUUCCUGAGGAGUAAAUUCAGGGUUGGUGAUGAUCCUGGUGGCGGCUCCAUUGAAGGUUCGUCAGGUAAGCACAGGCGGGGUUUGUGUUAUAACCUGACUGUGCUCUGUUCUCUGGGUGUUUCGUUGUUCAAUCUCGGGUUUUGUCUGUUCAGUUACUUCUAUUGGUAUAGGAAUGGGCGGUUGGAAGAUGAUGAGUUUGUGACCCUAUUGGAUUUGAUUCUUCGAACUUGUUCUUGGGGUGGGCUUAGUGUUUUUCUGCACACCCAAUUUGCAAAUUCAGUCGAGACAAAGUUCCCAUUUUCUUUGAGGGUUUGGUGGGGGUUUUAUUUAGCAGUCUCCUGUUAUUGCCUUGUUGUGGACCUUGUUCUCUACAGCAAUCUCCAACCCUAUUCACAGAUACCAAGUUUGGUUUCUGAUGCGGUCUCUGUGUUCUUUGGUCUGUUCCUCUGUUAUGUUGGCUUCUUCAGAAGCAUAAGUGGGAAUAAUACACUUCUUGAAGAGCCUCUCUUGGGUCAAGAGUCUAGCUUAGGUAAUGGUUUAGAGCCAAAAGUUUCCAGAGGGGAUGACACUGUCACUCCUUAUUCAGAUGCUGGUGUUCUUGGUCUUUUUUCUUUCUCCUGGAUGGGUUCUCUAAUUGCUCUUGGCAAUAAGAAAGCUCUAGACCUUGAGGAUGUUCCUCAGCUUUAUAAAGAUGAUAGUGUUGUUGGGGCAUUCGCAUCUCUCAAGGAAAGGAUUGAAUCUGAUGGUGGAUCUGUUAGUGAAGUCACAGCUUUCAAGCUUGCUAAGGCAUUGUUCUUUACAGCUUGGAAAGAGAUCCUGUUGACGGCUUUUCUAGCCCUGUCGUACACUGCAGCAUCUUAUGUUGGUCCAUAUCUCAUAGACUCUUUUGUUCAGUGCCUGAGUGGGCAAGGGGAUUAUAGGAAUCAAGGGUAUGUCCUGGCUUCUGUGUUUUUGGUUGGCAAGAUUGUUGAGUGCAUCACCCAAAGGCAAUGGUUCUUUAAGUUGCAGCAGAUUGGCAUGAGAAUGCGUGCAGCAGUGGUUGCGAUGAUCUACAACAAAGGGUUGAGCCUCUCGUGUCAGUCGAAGCAGGGCCAAACUAGUGGAGAGAUCAUCAACAUCAUGACGGUAGAUGCUGAGAGAAUCGGUGACUUCGCUUGGUACAUGCAUGAUCCAUGGCUGGUUAUUUUGCAAGUUAGCCUAGCUUUGUUCAUACUGUACAGGAAUUUGGGGCUUGCUUCUAUAGCAACUCUGAUUGCCACUAUAGUUGUAAUGUUGCUGAAUUUUCCUUUGGGAAGAUUGCAAGAGGGAUAUCAGGACAAGCUGAUGAAGUCCAAAGACAAAAGAAUGAAGGCAACGUCUGAGAUUUUGAGGAACAUGAGAAUUCUGAAGCUGCAGGCUUGGGAGAUGAAGUUCCUGUCCAAGAUUAUUGAGCUGCGGAAGACAGAGGCAGGAUGGUUGAAACGAUAUGUUUACUCUUCAGCUUUGAUUAGUUUUGUCUUCUGGGGUGCCCCUACUUUUGUCUCUGUCAUCACCUUUGGUACCUGCAUGCUUAUGGGCAUCCCAUUGGAGUCUGGGAAAAUCCUAUCAGCUCUUGCAACCUUCAGGGUUCUUCAGGAACCCAUCUACAAUCUUCCUGACACCAUUUCAAUGUUGGUUCAGAUGAAGGUUUCGGUUGACAGGAUUGUAGCUUUCUUGCGUCUCGAUGAUCUGCCAGAUGAUGUUGUGAAGAGGCUUCCAAGAGAGGCUUCUGAUACUGCUAUUGAGAUUGUUGAUGGAAGUUUCUCUUGGGAUUCAUCUUCACCAAACCCCACUUUGAGAGAUGUGAACCUGAAGGUGGACCGUGGGAUGAAGGUUGCAGUUUGUGGUACUGUUGGUUCAGGCAAAUCAAGUUUGCUCUCCUGCAUUCUGGGAGAGGUACCAAAGAUAUCCGGCACCAUCGGGCUGUGUGGGACAAGGGCUUAUGUUUCUCAGUCACCUUGGAUACAGAGUGGCAAGAUUCAGGACAACAUUUUGUUUGGCCAAGAGAUGGACAAAGAAAAGUACGACCGAGUACUGGAAGCUUGUGCACUGAAGAAGGACCUGGAGCUCUUUUCAUUUGGUGAUCAAACAGGGAUUGGUGAGAGAGGUAUCAAUCUGAGUGGAGGACAGAAGCAGAGAAUUCAGAUUGCUCGUGCCCUCUACCAAGAUGCCGACAUCUACUUGUUUGAUGAUCCUUUCAGUGCUGUGGAUGCUCAUACUGGAUCUCAUUUGUUUAAGGAAGUCUUGCUGGGACAUUUGAGUUCCAAAACUGUGGUGUAUGUCACACAUCAAGUUGAAUUCUUACCCGUUGCAGAUCUAAUUUUGGUAUUGAAAGAUGGAAGGAUAACUCAGGCUGGAAAGUACAGUGACAUUCUGAACUCAGGAUCAGAUUUUAUGGAGCUUGUUGGUGCACAUAAGGCCGCUUUGUCUGCGAUAGAUUCCAAAGCUUCGGAAUCUGAGAAUGGAAGCACUGUCAGUAAAGAAAAUGGCGACAUGAGCAACAGCAACGGGAUUGAGCAGAAAGAUGGAGACAAGGUAUUGCAAAAUGGUAAAGAAGAAGAGACAGGCGGGCCACAGGGUCAGCUUGUUCAAGAAGAAGAGAGGGAGAAAGGAAGAGUUGGAUUUUCAGUCUACUGGCAGUAUCUCACCACAGCAUAUGGAGGAGCUCUUGCACCACUGGCAGUGCUUGCACAUUCCAUGUUUCAAAUCCUACAGAUUGGCAGCAACUAUUGGAUGGCUUGGGCAACACCAGUAUCAGCGGAUGAGGAACCACCUGUUCCUCCAAUGACACUGAUAGCUGUAUACGUAGUUUUGGCUGUUGCAAGCUCUCUGUGCAUCCUAGGAAGAUCCACAAUCCUUGCAGCCAUAGCUUACAAAACCGCAACCCUGCUCUUCAACAAGAUGCAUAUGUCCAUUUUCCGCGCUCCCAUGUCAUUUUUCGACUCAACGCCUAGUGGCAGGAUACUCAAUCGAGCUUCCACUGACCAAAGUGCUGUGGAUCAGCAAAUUCCUUACCAACUUGGCGCAACUGCCUUCUCCAUAAUACAACUUCUGGGAAUCAUUGCAGUGAUGUCUCAAGUGGCAUGGCAAGUUUUUAUCGUAUUUAUUCCUGUUAUUGCUAUCAGCAUCUGGUAUCAGCAAUACUACAUACCAGCAGCUAGAGAACUCUCACGGCUUAUUGGAGUGUGCAAAGCUCCAGUGAUCCAACAUUUUGCUGAAACAAUUUCAGGCACAAGCACCAUAAGGAGCUUUGAUCAACAACCAAGAUUCAAAGAGACCUCUAUGAAACUUACAGAUGCAUAUUCCCGCCCCAAGUUUCAUACUGCUGGAGCAAUGGAAUGGCUUUGUGUUCGCUUGGACUUUUUCUCUUCUAUUACAUUUGCCUUCUCUUUGUUUUUCUUGAUCUCUUUCCCUGGAAUAGAUCCAUCCCUUGCUGGCUUAGCGGUGACAUAUGGACUCAAUCUAAACAUGAUUCAAGCUUGGGUGAUAUGGAAUAUCUGUAAUCUGGAGAACAAAAUCAUAUCAGUAGAGAGAAUCCUUCAGUACAUUUCUAUUCCAAGCGAGCCUCCUCUUGUAAUAGAAGAGAGCAAACCUGACCCUUCUUGGCCGUCACAUGGAGAAGUUGUGAUUGAUGGGCUGCAGGUUCGAUAUGCUCCACAUUUGCCACUUGUGUUGAGAGGUCUUACCUGCACAUUUGAAGGAGGAAAGAAAACAGGAAUUGUGGGCAGAACGGGCAGUGGUAAAUCAACCCUUAUACAGACACUUUUCAGGAUUGUGGAUCCAACAGCUGGGCGGAUCACCAUCGAUGGCGUCGACAUCUCAUCAAUUGGACUCCACGAUUUGCGGUCAAGGCUCAGCAUUAUACCUCAAGAUCCAACCAUGUUUGAAGGGACUGUAAGAAGCAACCUGGACCCUCUUGAGGAAUAUUCUGAUGAGCAGAUUUGGGAGGCUCUGGAUAAGUGCCAACUUGGAGAUGAAGUUAGGAAGAAGGAGAAAAAGCUGGAUUCUGCAGUUACUGAGAAUGGAGAGAACUGGAGUAUGGGGCAGAGACAGUUAGUAUGUCUUGGCCGUGUUCUGUUGAAAAAGAGCAAAGUGUUGGUUCUGGAUGAAGCUACUGCCUCAGUAGAUACAGCCACUGAUAAUCUGAUUCAGCAAACACUUAGACAACACUUCUUCGAUUGCACAGUUAUCACCAUUGCCCAUCGAAUAACAUCCGUUCUUGAUAGUGACAUGGUUCUUCUGCUCAGUCACGGCUUGAUUGAGGAAUAUGAUACACCAGCAAGAUUGUUGGAGAACAAGUCGUCCUCGUUUGCUCAACUUGUAGCAGAGUACAGUGAGAGGUCGAAAGAACAGUAUUGACCCAACCAAAGCUGCUGAAAAGACCAUCUACUGACUGCAGAUAGCCAUAAGUUGUGCCUGCUCUGCUGGUGAUGAUGAUGAUGAUGAUGAAAAUGUUGGCAAUGCUGUAGUAAUGAAGGGGAGAGUUUUGGGAGUUACGGUUAGGCACGAGUUUCUUCCCACUUAAGUUGCUGCAUCUUAAGAUGUUGCAGCUGUUAUCUGUAUCCUAGUGAAACACUGAAUAACAUGCUUGACAACUAUUUCUGAGUUAUUUCCCUCUCCUCUUUUCGCCCUGGUUAAACCUCUGACAACCUGACAGAUUCUGGCGGACAAACUAAAUUAAAUUUUUGGCCUAUC